AUUCGCCGCGUUCUGUUCUGUUCGCCUCGUUUUGGCCCGUUUGCCAAAUUUCGUUCGCUUUUUGUGUUCCCGUUGUGCAAUAACAACAACAGCAACAGUAACAACAACCAGUACAAUAAGUUAAGCUUAAAGUACAAAACAAAAAGAAAAGAAGAGUAAAGUAAAGUAAAGGAAAAAAAAACACCACAACCAACAAGAACCAACCAACAACCAACACAAAUAUUUAAUCAAUCAUUAAACGGAGUAAAUUCACAAAUCUAUAAUAAAUGCAAAUGACAAGGAAAUAACGAAAACGACUAUAACAAAAAGUCACCAACAACAACCACAACCAACAUCGGCAGCAUAAUUAAUAACAACCAACAACAACAACGGAUCAAUACCAAAGAUGGAGGCAAAAUUCUUGGCUAGCGCUCUUUCAUUCCUCUCGAUAUUUUUAGCGAUUUAUGCUCAAGCAACUGAUAAGCUGGUGCCAAACUAUGAUAAUGUCGAGCAUAAAAUGAAAUUUUACGACAUCAAAACGCCGCUGGUUCUCAGCUGCAACGUGAAAGACGCCCCCGAGAGCGUUCUCAUAUGGAAAAAGAACAACACUCUUGUGACGGACGAGCCUUCGCUAAGAGGUCGUUUUAAAAUAAUCAGCGAUGAGAAUAAGUUCAUAAUCGAUAAAACGGACGUGAACGAUCAUGGAAACUACAGUUGCGAGAUCGAUGGAGAGUCCAAGAGAAUAGAAGUGAUUGCCCGCGUUGUUGUAAGAGUGCCUUCAAAUACAGCCGUUGUGGAGGGUGAGAAGAUGUCAGUGACCUGCACCGUUGUGGGAACCGAUCCACAGUUGACAUGGACCUUUGGCAAUGUAACGCUGACGAACGCCACAGAUCGCUUCGUCCUGAAACCGGAUAACGGCGUCCAAAACGCCAUUCUGACACUGGAUAAUGUGACAUUGGACGACAGAGGCGAGUACAAAUGCAUUGGACGCAAUGCGGCCAAUGACUAUGGUUCGAACUCCACCAAUCCUGCCAGCGACUUCACAACUGUGCGUGUUAAGGGCAAAUUUGCCGCCUUGUGGCCUUUCCUGGGCAUCUGUGCUGAGGUGCUGAUUCUGUGCAUCAUCAUUCUCAUCUAUGAGAAGCGACGCAACAAGAGCGAACUGGAGGAGAGUGAUACUGAUCCCCAAGAACAGUAAGUGUGCCCACUCUCCAAACCCACCACACCAACCAACAACCUACCAACCAAUCAACACCACAACAAACAAAAGAACCAACAACAUAAACUGUCAACACCAAAUAAUAUUAAACAUCAGCAAACAAACAAAAACAAAACCAACAAACAACAAACGAAACGCAGCAGAAGAGGAAAAAGUUGAAAUUUUAGUUUUAUACUGCAAAUUAAAGACGUUGAAGCUGCAGGCGAAUGCAAAUGCGAAUGCAGACCAGACACCAACAUAACCAUACGGAACCGGAUACUACAGAUACUACGGAUACGGUGAAGCAACGUACUUACGGACGGACAGACAAACGGACGGAGGAGCAGCAGCUACAACAAUUAGUGAAAUUUUCUUAGUUAACAAUUUCUAAUAGUUACCACAAUGGGAAAAGAAAAAAAAACUGAAUGAAUUUUUGUGUUUGACGCAAACGGAUAUGCGAUAAAAUGAAAAGUUAAAGGUUAAGAAAUUAUAUAGUUUUUGCUAAUUUUGUAUUAUAAUGAAGUCUAUUGUGCCUGGAGCGUCGCAAAAAAAUAAUAAAAAUAACGAGACCCAGAGAAGUGAAACGGAGAGUGAACACAAAAAGCUAAACAUUAGGUUUCUACUCUUUUCGAUGUGUGCUAAACGAAAGCAAAUAUAUUCCUGAUCCGUAUAUUUGUUUCGCCCAAAACUCUGACAAACACAAAACGGAAACGGAAACACAAAACGAACGCACACAGACACAAAACUCACUCACACCAACACAUCCGAGAGUUAAAACAAAAUAUGUAGUUCUCUAGAUAUAAAUACUAUAAAUUUAGUUCAUCGUAAAUAUGCCUUAUAAUUUCUUGCUUUAUUCAAAUCGAAAAUUCAUUUUUCACUGUGCUUGUUUCUGUUGCUUAAAAAAACUACAAACGAAACUUAAAGAAAAAGAUAUACACAUAAACAAAACCUUUCUUUUUAUGUCAAAGUCCAGUCCAUAUUAUUAUUAUUAUAAUUAUCAUGUAAAGGAAUACGACAAGAAAAUGUUAUCAACUUUGUUUUUAAGUACUUAUUCUUUAAUUAUAUACAUUAAAAAAAACAACCACAUUUAAAAGAAAAAAAAACACAAAAACACCGUAGUCGAAGCAAGUGUUUUCAUUUUGCUUUGGAGGAAUACAAAAACAGAAUUAAUCGUUACUUAUGUAUAUUAUAAAUCACUAUAUAAGCUUAUUAAUUUCUUGGCAGUGAAUAAAACAUACACACGAAAAUACAGAAAUCGUAGCUCAACACUUUUGCAUUGAUUUGGAAUUAUAAUUAGAAUUAUUUGUAUAUUGUACACAAAAGAGUAUUUUCCCUGCCCCAAAACCGCCCCUCGGCCCGCCCCUCUAGUUUGCGCACUUUAUGUUUUCUUUGUCGCCUCUGUUGAUUUUGCUGUGUAUAAACUUGAAAACUUGAAUGAUUUCGAUUCUUUGUAUCUAGUAUCUAAACACUUGUGCUAUUCUCUACCGAUUACAACUAUCCAUUAUGAUUUUGUGCGUUUUGAGAUUGAUUUCUACCGAAAUAUAAAACAAACAACAAAAAAUACAAUUGUAAAUUAAACAAAUAAAAAAAAAAAAUAAACAAAAAAAGAACAAAACCAA